CAGAACGAUCAGGGCCAGCCCGUCGACCUCUACAUCCCGCGCAAGUGCAGCUGGACGAACCGCCUCAUCGAGGCCUUCGACAAGGCGUCCGUGCAGAUCAACGUCGGCUCGAUCGACGCGAACACGGGCCUCUACACGAACACGUACAAGACCUACGCGCUCAGCGGCUACGUGCGCAACAAGGGCGAGUCCGACAUGGCCCUCACGGACCUCGUCAGGAAGUCGGACGAGGCCCUCUAA